UGCAAUUUCCACCCGCCACCAAGAAGGAAACACGACAGUGUUCUGCUGUUGAAUCGAUUAGUGAGUGUUAUUGAGUCAGUAGUGAACAGUGUUUUAUCGAUCCAACGCAUACGGUGCAAAGUGAAAAUGGGCAUCACCAAGGAAAGCCUUUCCGACAUCCGGGAAGAGUUCGAGAAAGCCCACCAAAAGAUCGACGAGGACAGCAAAAACGAUCCGCCGACGGAACCGUUCCGCUCGCAUUAUGUGGCCCGAGAUAUUCUGCAGGCGGUGCAGCGUAAGUUGAAGAACCUGCGGGAGUCGCUGGAUGAAGGUUCUGAUGCGGAGCUGACGGUCAGGUGCAUACUGGCGAAUGUGCUGAAGGAUAUUGGUCGGAUUUCGAUAUUCACCGAGGAGCUGAGCAAUGGGGAAUUGGUGCUGAAAGAGGCGCUGGAACUGGUGAAGGAAGAUAAGGAAUCAGCCGCGGGAGUCAAUGGUUAUAUUGAGGUGUUGAACCAGCUGGGAAUAUUGUACUGCAAUCGGGGCAGCUUUGAGGAAUCGAAGGCGAUUCUGGAGCAGGCGAUGGAGAAUUAUGCAAGUGUGAAAAGCUUAGCAGAUUUUGAGCCGCUGACGAUUUCUGAUUUGUUCGGUACGAAAGAUGAGAUCGAGAAAGGAAAGGGACAGUUGCUGCUGGAAAAGAACCACACAUUGACGUUGUACUACUUGGCGCAGGUGUAUGGUUAUCUGGAGGAUUUGGUAAAGUCGGCGCACUUUUGCCACAAGACAUUGAAGCGGCAGUUGGAUUAUAAUGACUACGAGCACAUUGACUGGGCGCUUAACUCGGCCACUCUGUCGCAGUAUUACUUCCCGAAGAAUUAUUUGAGUCAAUCGAGGCAUUUGUUGGCUGCGGCUUCGUAUAUGUUGGAUCGCUUCGAAGAGGAAGUGAUUCCCAAGGAAACGAACCCUACGGCAAAAACCGAGAAGAUCGAGAACCAUCGACACCGAUCGGCUGAUGUUGCCCGCUGUUGGGCCAAGUAUGCCAUUCACAUUCUGGCUGCCAGCAAGGAAAGGCUCUGCGAAGAUGAUGUUGAAGAAGGUGUCGAAAAUCCCAAGCAGGAAAGUCUAAGUCCGGUGAAGGAAAUCGAUCGGUUCAUCGGUCUGGAAGGACUGUCGGUGUAUGAGGACCAGAUAACGGACGAGUUCUGCCUCACACUCGACGAUGCAAAGCUAGUGCUGCUGAACGGUUUAAGCUGGUUGAACAAAGCCAAGGAGUACUACACCAAGGAGACGGAAGCAUCGCAGUAUGCCAAGAUCGUACAGGACAUUGCUUCGUUGUACAAGCACUUGGCCUUCUUCGAUGACAACGAGGACAAUCAGUGCAAGCUGUAUAAGAGAUGUGCGGAUCAGCUGGAGGAGCUGGACCAGGUGCUGAAUGCCACGUACUAUCAAACCAUUUGCAGAGAAAUCUGGUACGAGCUUGGUCUCACCUACUCGAAAAUGUUGGACGCAAAGCUGACCAAGUUGGAAACCGUAACCGCCAGUGAGCGCCCGUCGCCCCAUGCUUUGAACAAAAUCAACAAACUCUGCGAGAAAAGCAUUUCCAAGUUUCAAAAAUUUCUCGAAUCCUACAAAGUCUCCCUGGAAACGCUGGAGAUCCCCGCCGGAAUCGACGAAGCCGAACUGCAGCCGGUGCUGUUCGCUUACUUCCACAUCGGGCGGCUGUACUACAAGGUCAUCACCCCGGACAAGAAGAUGCAACUGGCCAACGUGCAAAACAGCUUCCGAUACUAUCACCACUUUGUGAAGAACUGCGAGCAGAACGAAUCGCUGGGGGCGCAUUUCAAGGCUGAAAUGGGCGUUUGUAAGGAGAUGAAUACGCUUCUGCCGUUGAAAAUUAAGAAAUUGCAGAACGAACUGAACGAAUGAAGCCGAGUUGGGGCAGUGUGAUAGAAAUAAAUGCGUGAAUCGAACACCGAUGAAA